AUGAUACGACUCUCAUUUGCUUUUGCUGCCGUUGUGCUUUCUCUGGUGUGGUGGUUCUUUGGAAGCCUCGCUGGUACGGCCUUGUUGGUAUGCUACGCAUAUCUGGCGAACAAAGCCUUUGAAGUAUGUCUUAUGGCUGGCCCGCGAACAUCACGUCAAGUGCCAGCUGUGCCUAUUGCGUACUGUCAGCAGCUUUCAGCGGUACAGCUCAGCAAAGCCUACAGUGCGGGUGAGUUGAGCUGCGAGGAUGUGGUGCGGACGUAUAUUGAGCACAUCAAGCUUGUCAAUCCAUAUCUUAACCUCAUGGUAUUUGAGUGCUUUGACGAGGCCAUCGAGGCGGCGGUGAAGGCUGAUGCCGUGUGGUCGGCGUGGCGUGCCAACCGCUCGCGGCAGCCGCCAAGUUGGCUGCUUGGGGUACCGUGCACGAUCAAGGAAUGUAUGUCGGUGGCAGGUUGCCCAAACACCAGCGGUCAUCCGCAACGACGCCACAUCAUCGCCAAACACGAUAGUCCCGUGGUAAAGAACUUCCGUGACGCAGGUGCCAUCAUUCUUGGGGUUACUAACACAAGUGAGCUUUGCAUGUGGUAUGAGAGUUCAAAUCAUGUGUACGGCAUCUCAUGCAAUCCAUACGACACGCGUUGUUUAGUGGGUGGAAGCAGUGGAGGUGAAGGCGCUGCCGCUGGGGCAGUCUUUUCAACUUUUAGCCUUGGCAGUGACAUUGGUGGCUCCAUACGUAUGCCGGCGUUCUUUAACGGUGUCUUUGGCCAUAAGUCAAGCCCGCACUAUAUCUCUAACCGUGGACAGCACCCGUGCCCCAAGACGGCCGCAAACCAUUACAUGGCCACAGGUCCUAUUUGCCGCUUUGCAGAGGACAUUGCCCCGCUCUGCCACGUGGCCGCCCGCGGUGGGUUCCUUGAGGACCCAAUAAAGUACCCUCCGCGACCUCCGCUCGGUGAGAUCCCGGAAAUUGGAAAGGGUAAGCCACUUCGUGUGUUUGUGCUGGAGGACUUUGGCAUCUCUGGUGUUUACACUUCGCCGUCGCAGCUGGCAGCGGUGCGGCUGGCGGCGCAGUGCCUGGAAAAGGAGUACGGGGCUCAGGUGGUGUACGUCAAUAUGCGCGACCGAAGCCGCUGCUCGGGUGGGGAGGUCCCAGUCGAAUUCAGACCCUUUGCGGAUAUUUUUGCCAUGUGGAUCAACGUGCUCGUCUCGGACCCUACGGAGGUCAAGUUUACCACGUUGAUGGGCGAGGGUCACAUGAGCUUCAAUAUGCUACGGGAGCUGUGGCUGUGGCUCGUUGGACGCUCGCAGCACACCCUGCCUGCGUUGCUUCUCUGCGUGAUUGAGUUCUUCGACCAGACGUUUCCGAGUGGCAUGUGGCUUCCCUCCCCACAGCAUGACAUCGCCUCCUUUAAGCGGUCUCUGGAGGCGCUGCUGCGCGACGAUGGCGUCAUUUUGGCGCCGACGUUUCCACGUCCCGCCCCGCGUCAUCACCUGCCGCUGAUGUCCCCGCUUGACUUUCAGUACACCGCUGCCUUCAACGUGCUGCAGAUGCCAGCGACUGCCGUGCCGAUUUGGACGCCAGACCUGCACGACAGCCGAACCUCCGUGACGCCCGCCGAUGUGCGGGAGCGACGGUUGCCGUCAGACUAUCACCUGCCGAAGGGAGUGCAGAUUGUCUCGCGUGAGGUCAACGACGAGCUCAGCAUUGGGGUGGCGAUUGCACUCGAGAAGGCGCUUGGCGGCUACAAGUACCCAGGCUGGGCUGUGCUGAAGGAGCACGCACGCGGCCGACGUGGGGCGCCGCGAAGGUUGAAGUGA